UUUGAAACGGAUUGUCGUAUAUUUGUUAUUUUUUACUUUGUUAUCAGAGACCACUUAUUAUUUAUUAAGACUUGAGAUAGCUCGAGAGCGUUAUUAAUUACGAUUGUUUACAGGCGUUCCGUUUAUCGUUUAAAUUAUUCGUAUAUUAUACGAUAAAGUUUUAGUUUAAUUGAAAUCCAAUAAUCAUUUCGUACUUAUAUGAGAUACGAUUGAAGUACAGUUCAUUUUUCGCGUGACCAUCAUUUACGCGUCUACCCGAAUACGUCGAUGUGUUUCGUAAAUUUUGUCUUUUAUACUAUAUUAUGUUACCGACGAAGCUCAGAGCGUUAAAUGAUUGUUCCACUGAUGAGAGUAGCAACAACGAUGAUGUGCCGGUUAAAAUUACCAAAGAAGCAUUGGAAACGAAAGCAGAAUUACAAUAUAGCCAAGCUUUGCAGUGUUUAGCGAGAGAUCAAUUAGAUGAAGCAGAGGAACAACUUUCAAGUUUGUUAAAAAAAGAAAUUAUUAGUUCUCUAAAUACUACAUUGAACCAAAAAGAUAAAUCUCAAUCAUUAUUAGCUCAUUUGAAAUAUUGUUGCCUUACAAAUUUAGGAAAUCUUUUGUUAAAAAAAUCCAACUACCCUGAAGCCUUAAUUCAUUAUCAAGAGGCUUUAAAAAUGGAUAAUACUGAUUUAAAUCUAUGGUAUCGAAUAGGCUUUACUCAUAGCAAGUUAUAUCAAACUGAUCAAGCAAUAUCGGCAUUUUUAGAGGGUAUUAAAUGUAAUCCUAAUCAUUGGCCUACUUUGGAUAAACUGAUAACUUUAUUAUAUGCAAGCAAUGAAUAUGUUUGUUGUUUAUAUCAUAUAAGUAUGUCACUUAAUUUAGAUUCUGGAUAUUUAAAAGGACAUUUUAUCAAAGAAAUUAUAUUCAAAAAAUUUCCAUCAUUAAUAUCCUAUUUUAAAAGUUAUUGUUCUGACGGUGGCUUAGAUAUAACAUGUACGGAAAUAAUAGAUACAAAUAUACAGCAAAAGAUAUUAGAUGAAAUUGAAGAUAUUAAGAAAAAUGAUCCUACUCUGUGUUUAGGAAAGUUGUCUAAAAGUAUGGAGUGCAAACCAAUGUUGUAUGCUAAAUCAUUAGAAUUUAAAAGUUGGGAACAACUUGGAAAAUGGUUAUUAACAAUUUAUGAUCAUAUGUUUGAAAAUUAUGAACAUUCGCUUCUUUAUGAACCUAUACAAUUCAAUCACGACUCCUUAACUACAGACACAACAAAACACUGUAUCAUAGUAGAUGAAAAAUUUGUUGAAGAUGAUUUUGAAAAGCUUUCAUUCAAACUUAAUGUUCCUGUAACAAAACGAAGAAAAAGUUCACCAUCACUUGCAGAUCAACUUAAAUUAAGUCGGCGAUCAGCUCGAAAUAAAACAAAUUCAAAAGCUAAUGAGUCAACACUAGUCAAAUCAAUAUGGAAUACUAUGCCCCAACAUUUAUUGCUUAGUAAUGAUGGCAGUAAUAAAUGUAAUCCAAUUAAAUGGUCAGACGAUUCUAUGGAUACAAUGGAUUUGUAUAGAUUAUAUGAAUUCUCAGAUGCAAUGAGUGAUGGACUUACUGAAAAUUUAUUGAAAAAUAAUAUUUCUGAAGAAGAACGCCUUAAACAAAUAAAUGAUGAAAAUUAUUUUGGUUCCGAUCAUGAAGCAAAAGAUUUAAUUAAUUUUGUUGAACUUCAUAACAACAAGUCAAUUUCUGAUUUACUAGAAAUUUUUUUAAUUAUUAUUGCAAAUAAAUGGACCAAUACUUGGCCUUCCAACAUGGUUCAUGUAUACAUUGAUGUUUUCAAAAGAGUAUGGAUUCAUACAGAAAAACAACAUAUAACUUAUAUUUCUGACUCAAAUUUUGAUUCUUUAGACGAUGAACAAAUUAUUCAAGUUAAAAAUGAAAUUACAUCUAUACUUACUUAUGGAGAACUAUUAUGUGAUCUUUAUUUUCAAUUAAAAACUAUUCAUAAGCCAUUAGAAGGAAGUAUUAUUGGAGGAGACUUUUGUUCUUUGUGGAUUGGUAGUAUAAACGAUGCACUCUCAAUAUUAGAUUUUAAAGAAGAUCAUAUGGUGAUUAAUAUUCGUUUUCUAUGGCUAAGAGCAUUAUUUAACUUGCAAGAUAAAGAAACCAGGCUUACGUGUGAUGUACUUGAAAUGUUAUUGGAUUUCAUCUGCGAUCUGGAUGAUUAUGAAAUUGUUUUGCCAAAUUUAGAAUAUUUUUAUCGAAUAAAUAAAAGGAUAGCAGAUAAACUUAUUAUCACAUUAAAAAGAAAUAAUUUGUUGAGUACUGUAAAACAUCUGUAUGAGUCAAAAGAAUAUUUAAGUGUUGUAAAUAUUUUAAAAGAUACCUUAAAACCUCAAUGUGCUUUCAUGGAGAUACCCAGUUAUCAAACAAUGACACGAAUGAAUCAAUACAUAUUUAUGUUAAAUUCAUUUUUAGAGCUAAAAAAUUAUCAUGAAUUAUUUAAAUGGUGUGAGCCAUGUUUGUAUGAAGCUAUUCUACAACAUCGUAAAAGUCUUAUAGAAGAUUGUGAUCCAAACCAAAAAACUAAUCAGGCUGAAUUUAUAAACAAUAUAUUUUAUGCUAUGUUAGAAUCAAUCAAGAUAGAGGGCUUAGAUGUUUUUGAUAAUGUAUCACAAGGAUCUAAAUCAAAACUCAUACAAUCAGUCAUAAAUCUUUUAUCAUAUCUGAUAGAAACUUCUGAUGGAAAUCCAGAAAUCGAUGCUGUAUCUCCGUGGUUGUUAAUUUAUAAUUUGUUAAAACAUGAGGAAUCUAAAUCAGACAAUUCAUUUUCAUCUCAAACUACUAAUAUUCCAUCGUCUUUAUCAUUACUCUUCCUUGGUCAUAAAUAUUUAGGAAAAAGAUCAUGGUGUUGUUUUGAAGAUGGUGUCCUUCUAUUCCUAACAUUAUCAGAAAUAGAGCCAUUUAUUCAUACAGAUUUGUAUAACACAUCCCUAGUACAACAAGUCGAUCAAAUUUUUUAUUGUUUAUAUACACAUUUAAUCAAACGUAAUAAACCACGUCAUGUACAGGAUCAUCAUUCCAUGGGAUUAGCACUAACAUGGCCACGAGCUAGACAAUUAAUGCAUUUUUAUCAACCGCAAGAAUUACCUAGUUAUGAUGGUAUAUCAAAAAUAUUUACCAUAAAUUCUGAUACAGAAGCUAUGUUUAAAAAAGUCAUAGCUCUCAUACCUGAAGAUAUCAAACCAAAUCGAUUAAUGGAUAAUUUAAUGAUGUAUAUCAGAGGGGAAACAGAUCAGUUACCUAAAAAUGAUAAUCCUUUACCUUAUGAUGUAAAAGAUAUAUUUUACUUAAUGGCUGAUUUUAAUUUCAAGAACAAAACUUGGAGUAAAGCUAUUCGAUAUUACUUACUUGAUCUUUGCAAUAACUUAGAUCGUUUUGAUUCUUGGGCUGCCAUGGCUUUAGCUAGGGGAAGUCAAAUAGAAACAAAAUUAAAUUCUUGUGAAUCAAUAAAAAAUGAAGGUGACAUAAUUAGAAGAGCUCAUAUGACUGGUCGAUGUUAUAAGCACUCUCUGAAAAUUAGUCCUGAAAAUACAACUCUUCUCAUUGAAUAUGGAACAUUCACUUAUAGCAUUCAUUCUUUUUGUUCACGUUUAUUGAAACAAGAAACCUCUAAUAUGAGUUUACAAAUGUUUGGAGAGCUUGAAGAUGAAAAAGAAAAAAUGAUCAAAAUUGCUAGAAAAUGUUUUGAAACUGCUAAUAAUGUUUGGGAAUACACUGAUUGUGAUUCCCAGGAUGAACGCUGGAUGCAUCAUUAUGUACUUGGGAAAAUAACUGAGAAAAAUGAUGACAACUCAUUAGUAUUUAUGGAUCAUUACUUAAAAGCUGCUCAGUAUUUAGAUUCGUAUGGGGCUAUGUUUCCAGAACAUAUUAUUUAUACUUCUCCUCAAUAUUAUUCAAUUGAAGUCCUUGAGAUUUAUUACAGAAUCCAUGCUGGAGCUUUAAAAUUAUUAGAAAAGCAUGAUAAUCAAUCAUCAAAUGAAGAAUUACUUACAAAAAUUAAAAUAGCAUUAGAUCAAAUAUCUGAUAUGUCCCCUAUUGUUGAUAAGAAAUCCAAUAAUGUGUCCACUCCAAAAUCGGUAAAUUGUAAGGAUAUAAUAAAAAAGGACAUAAAUUUGACUGUGAAACAGACUUUAAAUAAAAUCAUUAAUCAUGUGAUGACAUCUGAAAAAGAAAUUGAUAAUUUCAAAGAUGGUUUUCAAAGUGAAUUUAUUACCAAAACUUCUAACGAUAAUUUAAAUAUACCAAUAAAAAAAAUGAAAACGGAUUCAUCUAUUCAAGAUUUAAUUGACUUUCGGUGGACAUUAAUUCAAAGAUGCCUUAGGGCUUUAGAAGAUUGCAUCAAAAGAUUUCCUCAACAUUACAAGUCAUAUUAUCGGUUGGCUCAUUUCUAUUUCCGUUCGCCAUCUCAUAAAGAUUAUAAUAAAUUCAAAGAUUUAAUGUUUGGUGAACGAGGAUUAUUUGUUGGGCAAAGGCCUCAUAAUUUUUUCCAUGGUGUUUGGAGAAUACCAGUUAGUGAAAUAGAUCGCCCUGGUUCGUUUGCAUACCACAUGAGUCGCUGCAUACAUCUAUUAUUAGAUUUUCUUAAAGAAACUGGUGACCACAAAAUGCUACUUGAUUUGGCUAUACAGUUAAAAUACAUACCCGAUCUUGAUAAGAAAUAUUUACGUGAUAAUGAACGAGAAGGUAUUUCAAAAGAAGCAUUGUUUCUUAGUGUUCAAAUAUUAAGGAGAAUGAAAUCAGAAUAUGCUAAAACUAAUAACCGCUGCAAAAAUGAACUGCUUUUAAUUCAAGUUUUCAAAAGUUAUAAGCGUGUAUUCAAAUGUUGGCAACAAAAAGAUAACACAUUAUCCAAGCUAUUAUUGAAUGUCUAUCAAAACAUUGUUGGGACAAAAGACGAUGUAUCUAAUGACGUCAUCAUUAAGUAUUGUCAAAAACUUCAAACAAAAGAAAAAGAGAUUGAGUACCAGAGCAAUAUCGCAAAUAAUGAAAGUGAUUUUACAUCACCAAUUGCAAAUUCUAAAUCUACUAGUAUACUGAAUUCGUCGCAAACCUUAUCAACACAGAUGUCAAUUGAAAAUCAAAAACGACUUUACUCUCCACAAGUAUCACAUGCACUUCCAUUGAAUACACAGUUAUCCAAUCAAAUAAUGUCUAUGUUCGCUCCCUAUACACAAUCUCCAUUAAUGUACCCAAUAAACCAAGAGACAAGUUAUAACUAUACAUUGCAGCAAAAGUUGCAAGCAACAAAACAAAAAUUAAAAAAACCCAUUAAUAAACCAAAAGCAGAAACAAAACGAUCAACCAAUUCUAAAACUGAGAAAUCAGAUGCUCAUAGACUGCCAAAUAAACCAAAAAAAAGUACUAGUAUCAAAACAAGUAUUGAUUCAAAAAUUGUACGAAAUCCUAAGUUAUCCAUCAAUAAACCCACUAAACGACCAAAAAUUAAUCGUUUAGAACUAAGUAAAACCCUAAAUAUUUCACAUAGCACACCAAACGAAUUAAAAACAUCACACAAUUUGGAUUCAAUUUUAGAAAUCAACAAACUAUCUAAUAGCAUAAGUCAGUCACAAAAUCAAAAACCCAACAAUUUGUCUUCAGACAAGCCAAAAGCUGUCAAACAUUCAAUGGCCGCCACACUUGUACCUAUGGGUAAGUCAAAACCGACUAUGAUGACUAAGACAACAAGUUCGCGUAAUCCAAAAUCAGUUUAUAUAGACUUGGAUUCUGCUGCCGAACAGGCUCGUUUAAAGUCUACAAUUCUCCAGAAUAAAAAUCCUGAAACGAAGAAGACUGCUACCGUCCCAUUGAGUCCAGCCAUGUUGCUAUCAUCUUGUCCGGGUUUAAGCAUAACACCAGUUGUGAACACAAAUGAUAACCGAAAACCAAAUGAAACUUUAUUGGCAUCACAUCAUGUUCAAAACAUCACAACAACUUCAAAGAAUUUUAAUUUUGAACAGCUCCAGCACCUCGGUAAUAGUUUGACAAUUACAAAAUCUGAAAAAAAUACCAAUAAAAAGUCCAAACCUGAAUUAAUUCUCAUUGAUUAGUUAAAAAUCAUUUAAGAAUUUGAUGUAUUUGUGACGUUUUUGUAGAUAAUAAAGACACUAAUUUAAGAGUAUUAACUGUAUAAAAUUAUUUAUUUUGUGUAAUAUGACGUAUUGUAAAUUUAAAAUAUUUUUAUGUUAUAAGUCUUAUGUACUAUUUAGUAUUUCUAGUGUAAUAUUUUUAUUGAAUACUAAUUUAUUUUUGUUAAUUGAUUUCUUUCAUUAUAAUUUAAUUAAUUUUUAAAAUUCAUUGAAAAC